CGAAACAAAAAAGGGUCCACUUCACUUCCUCACUAUAAAUUCCUUAUUCUCCCUUCAUAAAAUAAAACCAAACCCCCCUUUCAUCACUCCUCACAGACACAUACACACACUCUCCUGUAUCUAUCCAUGACGACACAGGCUAAUCCGGCCGAGAUCGUCGAAAUUCCCGACGACGAUCACCUCCCCAUCUCCGUUCCGGCGGACCCAGCGAAAAAACCGGCGGUGGGGGCCCACAAAGAUGAUGCUAUCCCAGUUGAGAGCUACUACCAGUCAAUGGAGAACAGAGACUUCGCUCUGGCUAUCAUGUCUUCAAUCUUCCCGAAAUCUUCGCGGAAUGUCAAGAAAAGGGUGUUCAUUGAUCUUUCACGCGAGAUUGAUGAUGGUGAUGAUGAUGAUGUCAUGGUUCUUGACUCGUUUCCUUCUCGGAGGCGAAAGCGUGGUGUUGGAAUAACUAAGAACCCCAAUUUUGAGCACGGGGAGUCGUCUAAUCGACAAUCCGGUGUGUUUGUGUGUGAGAUAUGUGUUGAUGAGAAGAAUUUUAGUGAGAAAUUUGCGAUUUCUGGGUGUGAUCACUCGUAUUGUAGUGAUUGUGUUUGUAAGUACAUUGCGAGUAAGCUUGGGGAUAAUAUCCCGCAGAUUACUUGUCCUGUUUCGGGGUGUUUGGGGCUGUUGGAGCCCGAGGAUUGUCGUUUGAUUUUGCCCCCGGAGGUGUUUGAUCGGUGGGGGAAGGCGUUGUGUGAGGCUGUGAUUCUUGAUUCGCAGAAGCUUUACUGUCCGUAUAAGGAUUGCUCUGCGAUGUUGGUUAAUGAUGGGGGGAUGGCAAUUGCGUUGUCGAAUUGUCAGUAUUGUGAGAGGUAUUUUUGUGCACAGUGUAAUGUGCCGUGGCAUUUGGGGAUGGAGUGUAGGGAGUUUCAGAGUUUGAAUAAGGAUGAGAGGGAGGCGGAGGAUAUCAUGCUAAUGCAGCUUGCGAAGAAUAAUAAGUGGAUCAGGUGUCCUAAAUGCAGGUUCUAUGUCGAAAAGUCUUAUGGUUGCUUAUUUAUUCGGUGCAGGUGUGGAUAUGCUUUCUGUUACAAUUGUGCAACUCCUUUGAUAAGCCACCGAUGUCCUAAAUGCAAUUGAGCAAUGAAUACAGGGAGGCAAGCCGUAGGUACCUCUGAUGAGAUAAUGACUGUAGUACCAACUAUUUAGAAAUUUACUUAAAUGGAAGCAUCAAUGUGAUCCUCUGUAUUUAAUUUAGCUUUUAUGCAAUGUAUGAUCUAUUGCAGGUGUUCAGUGUUCUAUGUAUACUAAUAUCUAUAUAAGUAGAUGAAGUGAAAGUUGUGUCGAUCUGUACAAAUUUUCUUAUAUAUUAAAUAUUGAUAUGUUGACUUGGA